GGUGUGGCCGCAGUCCUCGACCAAAACGCCGACGGUUUCAUCAAAGGCGAGGCCGUGUGCUGUGCUUUCCUACAGCGCCGGCGCGACGCCCGGCGUGUGUACGCUUGCAUGGUCAACGCCAAGAUGAACAUCGAUGGCAACAAAACGACCGGAAUGUUCUUCCCAUUGGCCGACGCACAGCAAGAGCUCAUGAUUGAUACCUAUACCGAGGUCAACAUCAAUCCGCUUGACCUUACCUAUUUCGAAGCACACUGUACCGGCACCAAGGCGGGCGAUCCACAAGAAAUAAAGGCCAUAUAUAAUGCCUACGUUAAGGCUCCGGGACGUACGCAACCCCUGCCGUUGGGUGCGUUGAAGAGCAAUAUGGGCCACGCGGAGGCCGGUUCAGGGGUGGCCGCACUCAUUAAAGUGUGUAUUGCAUACGAGAAUGAAUGCAUUCCUCCCAACCUUAAUAUGAAACAACUGAAAGAUGAAUGUCUUCCUUAUUGCCCGCCUAUAAAGCCUAUUGUGGAACCGAUGCCAUAUAAACCAGGGUUGGCCGCAGUGAGCAAUUUUGGUAUCGGCGGUGCGAACGCACACGUAUUGCUCGAACCCAACCAUAAGUUGGGAACCAGUGAUGGACUGAGAAUUGCGGAAACGAUUCCCAGAAUUGUCAACAUUUGCGGCCGAACUGAAGAUGCGGUCAAAUAUGUGAUGGAUUUCAUACAAAACAGCCCGAAGAGAGUGACGAAUGACUUUUUGGCACUUUUGGCACAGACUAUGAAAUACACGCCUAAUGUUCACUCAUCGGGAAUGCCAUACAGGGAAACGAAUAAUAAUUUUAAUUACGAAUACAAGAGACAACUUGGCUUUCAGAAAGGUAAAAGUGUGAGACCUUUAUGGCUACUGUUCCCGGGUUUGGGCGGUCAGUGGCCGGCAAUGGCUAAGGCUUUGAUGCCAAUCAAGAUAUUCGCCGAUAAAGUGGAAGAAUGCCAUCAAAUACUGCAAGAGUUUGGAAUGGAUUUGAAGACAAUGUUAUUAUCCGAAGACAAGGCAUCGAUGGCUACAAUGACCGCAAAGUUCUGUUCGACGACUGCUAUAGAGAUAGCGUUGUUUGAAGUGAUGAAAGCGCUGGACAUCACACCC